AUGGCGGAAUCGAGCCCUGACGAAGUGGGCGGCGGCGUUUUCCUGAGUGAUGGCAUCAUGGGUUUGAUUCAACCAGCAGUUGAACGUAUUGAUAAUCAGGUUCACGCCACACGACUCAGCCAGCAGAAACUCAAAAAACACAUCGAGACGCUAGCACAGUAUUUGAAAGAAAUCUCAGAGGAGCAACAAGCGCCAUACGAUCUUGAUUCAUACGUCAGAAAGUUGGAUGAUUCGAAAAGAAGAAUAGCGGCAAUCGGUAAUUCGCUUCAAAUUGUGCAUGAUCGCCUAAGCCGUCUGCAACGAAAUAUCGCACGAGAAACGUAUCAGCAGAAGCAAUAUAUUGUUCAGCCAGCGCCACCAGCACCAAAUCGAUGAAA